AUGGAGCUAAUACAGGACUACGAACAACAAUAUGCUGUUCAAACGGCAGAAAUUACUGCUCAGAUUGGACGAAUUGCCGUCGCAAGUGGAGCGGAUCGCAACAAACUGAUUUCGGACAUCGAUCGCCAGCUAGAAGAAUCGCAGGAGCUGCUCGAGCAAAUUGGGCUCGAAAUUCGUGACAUCCCGCAAAACUCUCGCGCUGCCUACACAUCUCGGUUGAAUUGCUAUCAGGCCGAAUGGAAACGGCUGCAGCAGGAGUUCACGAACGCCAAAGUGGCGCGAUCGAAGGGUGGCUAUGAUUCAGCAGUGGAUGAUUUCGACGAGAUAGGCAUACAAGAGGACCAAAAGCGUCGGCUUCUUGAUAACACGGAACGAUUGGAACGAACCAGUAACUAUCUAAAUGACGCGUACCGUAUUUCAGUCGAAACGGAGCAGAUUGGAACACAGGUUUUAUCGGACCUCAAUCAACAGCGAGAAACCAUACAACGUUCGCGAGGCAGGCUUCGAGAGACGGACGCGGACUUAGGCAGAUCGUCAAGAAUACUGAACUCUAUGAUUUUACGUGCAAUGCGAGAAAAAUUUAUUCUUGUGGCAGUAGUAGUUGCCAUAUUUUUGGUGCUUAUCUUCAGUAUUUAUUUUUCGAUAUCGUAAUCAUAUCCUCCAUGUAUUAUUCUAUCGUGGCGUGAGAUUUCAUCCAAUAGAUUGUUGUAUUCGUGUUCCAAAGGUUACACAUUAGGUAGGAAAUGAUUUUAAAUUGGAUGCUUAUUUGUUUUGUGAUAUAUAAUUGCGUUUCUAUCUGCGAUGCAUCGAUGGGUUGGAAAAAAGUCAUGACGUAGAUGUUUUACCUAAAACACAUGGAUGCUUGCCGAACACCUGCACUUCCUCGAAGUGCAAUUGCACUUUGCCAGUCAAACAAAACACACAUUUACACAAUAAAGUAAAC